UUACUUUGUCAUGGAUAGUGCUGUAUUGUUUAACUUUCUUCUAAAUAACCGAGAAUGCCCUGUUCCUUUUCCAUGGCAAGCAAUUAUUGAUAUUCAGAAGAACCUUGUUUACUACCGCAACAAUGAGACUGGAUUUGUGAUAUUCGAUUUUAGACCCCUGGUCGAUCUUGGAGGAGGUGUUUUCUUUGAAAAUACUAUUGGAUCAAGGUUCAUAGACCAAGAAGUUCUUCACGAAAUAAGCAACCUUCAAGAUUUUCAAAACAUUCCAAGACUUUUUCUGUUCUCUACUAGCUGCAGUGGCGUAACUUUUUAUGGCAUUGUAGAACAACCUGUAAUUCGAUGCCCUCUAUGUGAUCGUAUAAGUAGGUGGAUUCCAUGAUUUUAUCAUCGACUUAAUAUGUGAGAAUCAAAGAAAUCUUAUUUGGAUGAAUUGCCAUCAUUUUCUGUAUUUUGUUGUCCUUGUUAAUUUUGU